AUGAUGUUCAACACCACUUUUCUCGCUGCCGCCAUGGUUGCUUUCUCUGCCUUGACCGUUCAGGCCCAUGUCGGACUUUCGUACCCCUGUGGCCGUUACCAACCCGCUGCCGGAUGCCCUGCUCCUCCACCUGGCCAGUCGAUUGACUACGAUGUCAACGCUCCCAUUUCCACCUCGGACUCGAUCAACGCCCCUCUCUGCAAGCAUACGGUGCCAUACACUACGCGCACGACCUUCAAAGCUGGACAGACCAUUCAGACAAAGUACUCUGUCGGUGCCUCGCACGGCGGUGGACACUGUCAGUGGGCCUUGUCCUACGACAACGGCAAGUCCUGGGUCGUCGUCAAGACCAUGAUCCGUGACUGCCUCCGCGGCGCCCAGGGUUCGUACUCUGUCCCUGUCCAGAUCCCUGCCAACGCUCCCUCUGGCAAGGCCACCUUCAUGUGGCUUUGGAACAACGCCAUUGGUAACCGUGAGUUGUACUCGAACUGUGCCGAUAUCGUGAUUCAGGGCAAGAACGGAGGUCAGCUUAAGGGUGUUGCUCCCCUCAUUGCCAACCACGGCAAGGGCUCGCCUAUCAUUCCCGAGUUCCCCCUCACCACCCAGUCCGAUGGCAGCGACCUCUUUGCCAAGCGCAAGCCUAUCACCAUCACCGUCAAGGCCACGUAA